CAUUCAGAAGCUUUCUAGGAAAGCAACAAAUUGAAAUUUACUAGCCUACUGUAGUGGGACCGUACACUUACGGAACUACACCUGUUCAGUGACCACACUGAUUUUGGGCAUAUACCAGUAUCAACACAUGCUCAGACAUAAACCUUAGAAGAAGGAAAAAAACUUCAACCAUGGCACUUCUGGUUUUACCUCUGUUGGGGGCUUUGUCAGUCUCUGAGAGCCUUGUGGCCAUUGCAACAGUUUGUUUGGUGUACCUGCUCUUGCAACUCCGCACAAAAAUCCCUGAAGGUCUCCUCCAGCUUCCGGGUCCCAGGCCCCUCCCUAUCAUCGGCAAUGUUCUCGAACUCGGCGGCAGCCCUCACCUGAGCCUCAGCGCCAUGACCAAGCGCUAUGGCCACGUGUACCAGAUCCAGAUUGGCAUGCGGCCCGUGGUGGUCCUCAGCGGUGCCGGCACGGUGCGGCAGGCACUCAUCAAGCAGGGCGAGGACUUUGCCAGCCGUCCUGACCUCUAUAGCUUCCAGUUCAUCAACAACGGCAAGAGCCUGGCCUUCAGCUCCGACCAGGCCGGAGUGUGGCGUGCCCGCCGCAAGCUGGCCAUGAAUGCCCUACGCUCCUUCUCCACGCUGGAGGGCGAGAAUCCAGCCUACUCCUGCGUCUUGGAGGAACAGAUCAGCAAGGAGGGCAUCUACCUGGUCGAGCGCCUGCAGACGGUGAUGGACGACAGCGGCAGCUUCGACCCCUUCCGCCACAUCGUGGUGUCAGUGGCCAAUGUCAUCUGCGGCAUGUGCUUUGGCCGGCGCUACAGCCACGACAACGAGGAGCUGCUGAGCCUGGUCAACAUGAGCGACGAAUUUGGACAGGUGGUGGGAAGCGGGAACCCCGCCGACUUCAUUCCCUUCCUCCGUUUCCUGCCCAACAACUCCAUGAAGACGUUCAUGGACAUCAACGACCGCUUCAACAACUUCAUACAGAAGAUUGUGCGGGAGCACUACGAAUCCUACGAUAAGAAUAACAUACGCGACAUCACAGACUCACUCAUUGACCACUGCGAGGACAGGAAGCUGGAUGAAAACUCAAAUGUGCAAGUGUCAGAUGAGAAAAUUGUCAGCAUUGUCAAUGACCUCUUCGGUGCCGGAUUUGACACCAUCAGCACAGCUCUGUCAUGGGCUGUUGUGUAUUUGGUGGCCCACCCAGAGAUCCAGGAAAGACUUCACCAAGAAAUAAAGGAAACGGUUGGGAUAGAGAGAAACCCACAUCUGUCGGAGAGGUCCAGACUCCCUCUUUUGGAAGCCUUCAUUUUUGAGCUGUUCCGUCACUCCUCUUUCCUACCUUUCACUAUCCCACACUGUACUACCAAAGACACAUCUCUCAAUGGAUACUUCAUCCCUAAAAACACUUGUGUGUUCAUCAACCAGUAUCAGGUCAACCACGACCCUGAGGUGUGGAAGGACCCCGAGAUUUUCAUGCCAGAGCGUUUCCUGUCUGCUGACGGCACGGAGGUGAACAAGUUGGAGGGCGAGAAGGUGCUGAUCUUCGGAGUGGGCAAGCGACGCUGCAUUGGCGAGGCCAUCGGCCGUGCCGAGGUCUUCCUCUUCCUUGCCAUCCUCAUCCAGCGCCUGCAGUUCCACAAGAUGCCCGGCCAAGAACUGGACAUGACCCCGCAGUAUGGCCUCACCAUGAAACACAAACGGUGCCACCUCCGUGCCACCUUGCGUCCACGGGAGGAAAACUGAAAAGGAAAAGGGGAGGGGGGUAUCUCGCCCAGGAAUUUUGCACCUAAAUAUUAUUUGUCUUUUCAGGGGGGUGCAAAUCUCCAUGCAAAUAUAAAAUCCAAUUUGCUUGCAUUUGCUGGUGUCCAGACAAAGUAGCAAGUGGAAUAGUGUAACAGGGUCCACUGUACUAUCUUUGGUUUGUGCGUUUUCAGAGUGUACUCAGCAAGCUCACUGCUGAUUGGGCAGGGACAUGAGAUGAUGUGGAUCUAAGAAGUUGUGAAUUAUAUGAGAGGGCUUUUUGUAAGGUAGACAAUGGAAAAACAAUGCUUUUCAUAGACUGAAAUACAUCCUUUGCUCAUCCAAUUAACUGACAAUUCUGCAGAGGAAUUCUCCAUCUGAGCACAUAACUACCUGGGCUCUCAGACAGGCAAAGUCAAUGUUUAAGAGAAACACUGCAAGCACCCUAUAGAAGAAAGCAAAUAAUUUCUGCUCUUUUCCAAGCAAACUCAGCUCAGGUCAAACAAUCCUACACUGUUUGAUGUAUAGCAGGGACAUACAUAUCAGCUGCUAAUUAAAAGGGGUAAUUUUCAUCGGAAGGUUUAUUGUAAAAUAUAUUGCGCACAGAGGGGUAAAAUAUGUUAUAAUGGGAGGUGAUGUGACCCUACCACCCACUUUUUAAAAAUAUAUAUAUUGCUAAAUUGGCAGAGGAAAUGCAACAUGUGCCUUUUAUAAUAUACGGAGGACCACAUAUGCUGCUUGAUAAAUCUUUGAUGUGCUGAAUUAGGAUUACAUGAAAUUAAGGCCAUCUAUAUAUCAGUCCUUUGAAAAUUUCAGGUGGGUUUUAAAAGACUAAAGCUAUUUUGUAUAACAGUGCAGUCCUUUAAUGUGAUAUGAUGUGUAUAUGAGUAUUUUGGCUGUUGACUGCAUUGACUGUAUAUAUAGAGCAGUCUAUGGUUGACUGUUAGCUAGAUUUGAAUGUGCCUGAAAGGGUUUAUUUUGUAUUCCUAUGGCAAAUGUGCCAUUUGUUUUGUUAUUGCCUUUUACCCCACACAGAAUGUAGCCAAUUUGUUUAUCUGCUGUAUUCCCUGUUUGAGAGUGUAAGGAGUGAAACACUGUGCAGACAAUGAAGGAUUUGAUAAAAGACACUGAGCUGUGAAACUCUGAAGAAUAUAUCAACAAGCUAUUAAUUAUUCAUUAAUCCCGACUUGUACAUUCAUUUUUUGUGAUAUUUUGUCUUCGAUUUUGUCAUAUUCUUUCUCUUGGUGAAUUGGUGUAACUUGUUUGUGUAUUUAUAAAUAAAUAAAAAAAUACAAAAUAAUAAUUAA